AUGGACAUGGAGAAGGUCAACUCCAUGGACUUCAGGGAGUUUGUGGAUGUGUUUGGGAAUGUCAUUGAGAGAUGUCCUCUGAUUGCAGCGGCUGUUUGGUCCCAGCGCCCAUUCUCUGACUUGGAAGAUCUAGAGCAGCACUUUUCGGCCUUUAUCGAUGCUCUGCCGCAGGCAGGCCAGGAGGGCAUCCUGCGCUGCUACCCGGACCUGGCAGGCCGCGAGCUGCAGCGGGGCACGCUAAGUGCGGAGUCGCAGCGAGAGCACAGCGCCGCGGGCCUCACCAGCCUGCGCGCGGAAGAGCGGCUCCGGCUGGCUGAGCUCAACGCGCAGUACCGCGCGCGCUUCGGCUUCCCCUUCGUGCUGGCCGCGCGCCUCAGCGACCGGGAGGCCGUGGCCCGCGAGCUAGCGCGCCGGCUGCGCUGCCCGCCCGCGCUGGAGCUGCGCACGGCCCUGGGCGAGGUGAAGAAGAUCGGCCGCCUGCGGCUCGCUGACCGCCUCGGCGCCGACUCCGCCCGAAUGUAG